CAGAGAAAGAGAGAGAGGCACACACACACACACAGAGAGAGAGAGAGAGAGAGGCACACACACACACACACAGAGAGAGAGAGAGAGAGAGGGACACAGGUCUGUCUCCUCGUUGAGCUCGGUGUGUUUUGUUUCUGGACGCGUUGAAUGAGCGACGCGCCGCGGAUCAUCACUGAACGCAAGCGCUGACGCGGCGAUGGCCUCGAAAUCUCUCCACGACUGUCUGCGAGGACAGUGUCUGGGUGUCCUCAGCUCCCGCUUCCGUUAUUACUUCCAGCACCCCUGGUCUCGUCUGGUGGUGGCCUACCUCGUCACCUUCUUCAACUUCCUGAUCUUCGCCGAGGACCCGGUGUCUCACAGCCAGACGCAGGCGCACAUGAUCGUGGUGGGGAACUGCUUCUCGUUCGUGGUCAAUAAAUAUCCCGGAGGAGGAUGGGACGUCCUGAAGGUCCUGAUGUGGAUCCUCGCCGUCAUCACAGGCCUGUUCGCCGGGAAGUUCCUGUUCCACCGACGCCUCUUCGGUCGUGUCCUGCGUCUGAAGAUGUUUCGGGAGGACCACGGCUCCUGGAUGACCAUGUUUUUCACCACCAUUCUCUCGCUCUUCAUCUUCUCUCACAUCUAUAACCUCAUUCUGCUCAUGAGCGGACAGAUGGGGCCUCACAUGGUGACGGAGUACAUGGGCAUCAGGAACGAGAGCUUCAUGAAGAUGGCUGCUGUAGGAACAUGGAUGGGAGAUUUUGUGACCGCGUGGAUGGUGACAGACAUGAUGCUGCAGGACACUCAUUAUCCAGACUGGGGCCGCAGCGCCAGACACUUGUGGAGACGGGGACACAACCGCAUUGUUUUGUUCUGGACGGUGCUGUUCUCGCUGACGUCUGUGGUGGUUCUGGUCAUCAGUACAGACUGGAUCAGCUGGGAUAACCUGAACCGAGGCUUCCUGCCCAGCGACGAGGUCUCCAGAGCGUUCCUGGCCUCCUUCAUCCUGGUCUUUGACCUCCUCAUCGUCAUGCAGGAUUGGGAGUUUCCUCAUUUCAUGGGCGAUCUGGACAUGAACCUCCCGGGUCUUUCCACCACGCAGCUGAAGUUCAAACUGCCCGUCUGCAAGCGCAUCUUUAAGGAUGAGUACCACAUCCACAUCACGGGGAAAUGGUUUAACUAUGGAAUCAUCUUCCUAGUCCUCAUCCUGGACCUCAACAUGUGGAAGAACCAGAUCUUCUACAAGCCCUAUGAAUAUGGUCAAUACGUAGGUCCAGGAGAGAAGAUCUUCACCGUGGAGGAUCCAGAGACGCUGCGCGACUUCAACCGCAGCACGCUGACCUGGGAGUGGCGCUCCACCAACAUCGACCCGCGCACCAACCUCACGUACGUCCAGAGAGACAUGUUCCUUCACAGCCGCUACGUGGGUUCCAGUCUAGACGUCAAAUGCCUGGCGUUCAUCCCGAGUCUGGCGGCCUUCGUGCUCUUCGGGUUCUUCAUCUGGCUGUUCGGACGCUUCCAAGCCUGCGAGACAUUCCCUGAGAAUCAAGACAAGAGCUACGAGCGCAUCAAGCGCAAGUCGCCGUCUGAUCUGGGAGUCACGCCGGAGGAAGUGCACAUCACCAUGAGCGAGGCCUUGAAGAGGAGUGGGACACCCAUGCUGCUUCUGGUGGACACUCAUCAUUUCGGGUCGUCGAACAACUCCAUGUCGCCGUGUUCGAACGAAACCCAGGAGACCCAACCCAGUGUAGCCGUUGACAGCAGCGCCCAUGAGGACACAGCUGAUGUUAAAAAACUGACCCCAUGACUGUAGCCAAAGGUCAAAUCGGCUUUCUGAGAUCCUCAGUCGAUUGGCGUGAGAGUCCUCGGGAAACAGACUGUACCUUGACAUUUUUAUUUUUAUAUCAAGCGAUCUUGCACUGCGCUCCAAUGUUCUGAACCUUUUCCACGUUCUCAAGGACAUUGGUCUAUGGUGCUGGAUGGUAGACUUUUCUAUGUGUUUUUUCUUGUGCCUACAUGGAUGAAAUGUUAACCUCACAGUGAACGCAUGGCAUGAUGGUCAUGAAAAUACUUGUAAUGAACACCUAAAUCUGUGCCUUCAUUCAAAAACCUUUGAAGGCAGUGCUGGGUAGAUUACUUACAAACUGAAGUCUGUAACUGAUUCUAAAUGACAAAAAUAGUAGCAAUUAAUGCAAUCUAUUACAUAUAAUCAGAUGACUUUUAGAAUACUUUUGAUCUAACUUGUUUAUCACAUCGAUUUAAAUAUGAUAUUAAAAUGAAAAUACAAAGAGAAAGCAAAUAUAUUCCAUUUGGUGUUAUUAACAGCAUGAAGUGCAUUAUACAUUACGCUACAUCACGGUUUCCCAAACUGGGUUUUGUGAAGGAACUGACGGGGGUUGUGCAUUUAUUGAAAACUUAAUUAUUAAAUCAUUAAUAUGUAAAAUUAAAAUGACAACAAUUCAAAUAAAACACUUACCAAAAACUUACCUGGAUGUGUCAUGUGACCAUUAACUGACUUCAAAGGAUGUGCAAAAGUUUGUAAAUACAGUGGUCAAAUGCCGUCUUUGUGUGAAUGUCUAAACUGGAAGACUUUCUGAUUGUGUAUUAGUGGUAGGAUGUUUUAUAAAGGAACAUUUAAAAGGAUAAAAAGAACAAUAAGGAAGAAAAAAUACAUUCUAAACGAUGUAUUGCUGUUGUGGCAAUAGUAAUUAAUAACAAGCGACUGUCUGAAUACAAGUAUUUUAAAAUGUAAUCUAAUUCCAAGUACUUCAUUUUUGGAUUCUGAUUGCGUAAUCCAGAACACAUGUAAUCAGCACCUACCCAGCACUGAUGGUACGUUACAAAAGAUUGUGUCGAAUCAUUAUCUGUUGAGCUAUUUAUCAGUUAUUAUCAGACACCAAACUGCUGUGCAACCAAAUAUGUUCACAUGCUUGUAUUGGAAAAUCUCAUUUACAUGUUUCUCGAGAAGUCGAAUUAUAGUGUACGGCACAGUUUUCAGUAAUUUCAUGUUUUUAGUUUCAGCCAAAGCAAAACCUGGUUCCUUUGUCUUUUAUACGUCUGUGAUUGUGAAAUCUUCACUGCAGUGUUAUGUUUUCCCAUCAUCUGUCCAUGUUGGUCCUCUGUGUUUUUCUGAUGAGCAGGUGAGCCCCUCUUAAAAUGUUUGGACGGUAAAUAUCAGAUAUAUUUGCGUCAAACCCUGUUAUCAAUAAAGACCUUCUUCUGACACGCAGGUACCAUGUUAUUUCAGCAGUUGCAUGUUAUUGGUGGAAAUGCUUCCAAAGUGGCGUUAGUCCCCAGGAGUUGUGGUCCAGUGUGACCUUGUUGCCAAGCAACACUCGAAGGCCGUCCUUCAUCCAGAUGUCAAUCCGCUUCUGCAGAAAGUGGCAAUCAAACCCAUUUAAAGGAACAUUGGGUAAACAAUGAUUAGGCACCAUUACGGGUCAAAACACAAGGGUUAGUUAUAAAAGCAUUUUUCAAGUCAAGUCUGCGUUACUGUCAAUUCCUCCACAUGUCCAGUACAUGCAUACAGAGAAGGUGAUUUAUUAAAGCUUUCAGAACGUUACCGCUUCACAUGUGGCCACUACAGCGUUUGUUCCAGCAGAGAGUAGUGUAACAGCUUCUUUAAAGACAUUUCGGUUCAUAAUAGAUCCUCUUUAUUGCUUUUGAAGUUUGUCGACUGCCUUUUCAAAGCACUGUGCUUUGACAUGAUUAUUCUCAAUCUUUUCUGUACAAUAGUUGUAAACCUGAAAUGUUCUGGCUAUAUUUGCACGGCUUUUAAUCUCCACACAACACAAUACACUGGCGAGGGAAUCUGGAGCACGCUUGACUGUAGUUGUUGUUGCGGAUGUGGCAAGACGUUUGUGUGUCAUGUGACGUUUGAUGCUGGGAAAUCGGUUCCUCACCAUCCGACUGUAAGUCCGCCCCUAACUUUCAAUAUCUGUGAUCAUGGAGAGAAAUUAGCUAUUGAUCUCUUUGCAGUGCACUGUCAGAUAUGCAGUACUGUAUUAGCAAAGUGAGUUAGAGGGGAAAAUGACACCGAAAUGAACCCCUGAUAACCUACAGCUGAACAGUGUAAGUAACAAUCUCUACAUUUAUUAAAGCAGUUGUUUCUAAUGUUUCAGUCAGAUUCAGACAGUAAUAUUAUAUGAAUUUUAGGCGUGAUUGCAUAACGGCUGAAAACUGUUGUGUGUUUAUCAAAUAAGUGAGGAAAUAAUUUGUGAAAAGUGCUAAAUUGCACACAACGAUACUUUUUAAUCAUGUAAAAAUGUACAUGCACAAAGAAAAUUUUGAGCAGUAUCCCAAUAUUGGAAUAAUUCACUGUAAACCUGUUUUCAGAACGAAAGGAUAAAUAGGCUAAAUUUCACGUAGGCUACAUAAAAAAAUUAAUGGUUCAAAAUAUCUCUUUAUUCGAAGUUGAUCUACAGAUAUACAUGGACACUGUCUAAAGAAAACUGUAUAGUCGUCUUACCGUAUUUGUCCCACUUAAUGUGUUAAAUAUUUCAUUUAUUUUUAAAUGUUUCUCAUUAAACUGGCAAAACAUA